UCGAAUUACCUCGCAGCUUCGCAAGCGCGGGAGCGUGGGAGCGUGCCGACAACACUUAACUUGCUAAAUCAAGCUCGCAUUCAUCUUUAAUCCAUAUGAAUGAUUCCUUUAAGACUCCUUUGUGAUUUAAACCUUAUACCUACUUACGAACUGGAGUAACUUCUACCAUAAUUAUAUAAAGUUAAAAUGUUUGUGAGCUUGUGGGAGUUUCUCUGAGAUUCUUAAACAGUUUCUGCUGAUAUAUUAGCUGCUUUAACAAAUUCUGUGUAAAUCUUGAACUUUCUUUGUAUUUGUUUUCAGGGUUCCGCACUCGAAGGUUAAACACGGAAACCUAUUAGUAAGGCACCAUGGUCUGUCUGUCCACCUGUGCGUCACCGGGCUGUAUUUUAUGACUCGUGAUAGCUAGACAGUUUAACUUUUCUCAGAUGAUGUAUGAUUUCGGUUGCCGCUACAACAACGAUAAUGAAAUAGGCAACGGUUGUUAGCUUCUGGUAGGCUGACUUGACCGUUUACAGUUAAAUAGUCGGAAUGGGAAAUCAUAAUGUUCAGUGGGACGGAAGAAGUGCAAGUACAAAAGAGUUCGGUCGGACAGUGUCCAGUUUCAAAUAACCCUUCAGCUAAAGACUACGUCCCCGUAGAACAAACUGUUACUCGAUUUUAAUGAUGAUAAAUACAGCAUGUCUGAUACCUAUAUUAAUGCUGUACGCGGUGACGUCAUCACAUGCCGUGUCGCCUUGCAAGCUGAGGGUCCACCUGGCCAGGGCGGAACAGACUGAUGAGAAUGGCCUUCGAUGUUGGGACACUGUGAAAGUACCAGCCUGUGGGGGACGAUGUGAUUCUAGGGAGAUUUCAGAUUGGGAGUUCCCAUUUAAAAAAUCCCACCACCCAGUAUGCGUUUACGGAGGUCGACUACCUCUGGUCGUGCGCCUACGCCACUGUGACUACGGCGUAGCACCUGGCACUGAUUUAUUUCAUUUUGUAGCGGCUGAGGACUGUCGAUGCAAGGUAUGUUCAUCUCAAUACACCAGCUGCGAGUGGCUUCCUCCAAACUCCACGCUUCUUGAUGGAAUUUACGACGAUGUCGAAGGUCUCGGAAACUUCUAAUU